ACACCUGGUUGUGCAAUGCCGCGUGUAAGGGCCGCUGAGCAGCGAAAGCGGAAACAUCUCCGGGCGGGCGCUCAGACCCACCCACGGGAGGCUCCGGACGGGGAGGCGCCGCGCCCUGGGCCUCUGCGCGGGGCUGCUGGGCGCCCUGUCCCCGCGCUCCGCUCGGCCGCCUCGGGGCCAGGUGAGGCCGGGCAGCAGCCCCGCAGCAUGGCGGAGGCCGAGGCCGCGGCUGAAGACCUGGACGCCCUCAUCGACGACAUGGACUACCUGCCGGGCCACUUCCACCUGGAGAUGCAGCUGAACUUCGAGCCGCGCUCGCCGGCCCCGCUGCGCGCCCGGGACCUGCGGCUGCAGCGCGAGGGCGCGCGGCGGGAGCUAGAGCUGGCGGCUGCCCCGCAGCGGCCGGGGGCGCAGCACCUCCUGGGCGUCUUCGCCUUCUACCUGGAGGAGCUGGACGAGGCCCGCCAGCGCUUCCUCGAGGUGGCCCGCGAGGACCCGGGCAACCUCAACGCCUGGGCCAACCUGGCACACGUAUAUGGGCGGCUGGGACAGGAGCAAGAGGAGGAGGCGUGCGCCGCGCGGCUGGCCAGCCUCAUGGGCCUGGACGCGGACCCCGAGGCCGGCGGGGCCGCCCCGCUCCGCGCCGCGCGCUGCCUGGCUGAGCAGGGCUACGCGCACGGCUUCGACGUGGGCUGCGCCAGCCCGGAGGAGCGCGCGCGCGUGCUGGUGGCAGGGCUCGCACUCUACGACAAGGCGCUGGGCUACGGGCAGCAGAUCCCCACGGAGGAGAAAAGGGGCUGGUACUUCACCAUGGCAACACUCCUCAUCAGGCUGGACGGCAUCUUCCUGGAGCUGGGCAGUGAGGAGCAGAAGAGGCUGCCCGCCUUCAACCGCACGCUGGCUCUGCUCCGGCAAGUCCUCAAGGCCUCCAACACCUGCCAGCGAGCUCUGGCCUGGUGCUACCUCGGGAUGCUGCUGGAGAGGAAGGACACCUUCUCCACCACCCCGAUGGGCGUCCACGACUGCGGGUACUCGGGCACCGACCCGCUGGACUGCUUUGGCAAGGCCAUCGAGAUUGCCAAGGACCAACCUCUCAUCCUCAAUCGCCUGGCCAAAAUCUUCCACUUCCUAGGAAAACAGGACAUGGCCAUUGGAACCUGUAACAUGGCCCUGGAUGUCCUGGGAGAUCCAGAGCUCAACUGGCAGGCAUACUGCACCAGGGCCAAGAUCCACACCACAGCCUACCUGCAUGACCUGGAGCGGGCCAAGGCAGGGCUCGGAGGCAUGCCCGACAGGAGCCACCUGGCCCAGGCCAAGGCCGACCUCGAACAAGUGGUCAGCGUGUGCCCAGGCCUCAGGACCUACCUGGACAUCAGCCAGGUCUACUACUACAUGGGCGUGGACGCCGUGCAGGAGCUGCUGGCGGUGGAUGAGGCGGCACUCAACCAGGCGCUGGUCUUCCUGGCCAAGGCCGGAGAGUCGGAGCUGGGCGCCGCGCUGCCGGAGCUGCAGCUGCUGCGCGGCAAGUGCCUGCGCAUCAAGGGCGAGGACGCCAACGCGGCGGCCUGCUUCAAGCGCGCCGUGGAGCUGGACGACGCGGGCUCCAGCCGCCCCGAGGGCUUCGGCUGCCUGCUCGAGGCGCUGCUGGCGCAGUGGAGCCAGGCGCAGUUGAGCGACGGCGAGCUGGGCCACGAAGUGGACGCCUGGCUGCGCCACGCCCAGGGCAAGUACCCGGAGGCCAGCCUGCGCCAGGAGCUGCAACGCGUGUGGCGCGGCCACACGGAUGAGGUGCUGGGACUGGCCCGUGCCUUGGUGGCCCAGGGGCGGCUGGGGCUGGUGCGGCUGCUGUUCGAGACCAUGGAGCGCGCUGGGGACUGUGCGGGGGAGCGGCGAGGCCGGCGGGCCUUCUCCCUCUGAGCCCCGGCAAAGGCCCGGGCCUCUGGGCAAGGGCGAGGCCUCGCCCCGUCCCCAGGUGAUUGGGCCCGCCCUGCCAUUGGCUUGUAAGCGGAGCCAAUCAGAUUCCUUUUCAGGAAUUGUGAAUGGGGACGUUGAAACCCUGCCAUUCCAAAUUCCCGCUGUGGCAGAAAGACCUGAUUUCAGAUGGCAAAGGACUCUGGAAACCGGUGUGAGGCCGCUAGGAAACUGAGCCCGCUGAGGGACAGAAUUAAGCUGACUUCGAAUCUGCUGAGAGAAACAGAAGGGUGUUGCCUCAGUUGUGGCGGUUUUCUAGUCCCUGCGCUCAAGUGCCUGUCUUUGAGUCUCAGGAGCCAUGCUCAACUGAGCCUGGGCUAGGACAGAGGGCGGGGCCCCCGGACAGCGGGCUGGGGAGGGGCCCUUACUCAAGCCUGGGUGUCCCGGCCCUCGCGCACCCAUUUUCCAGCAGGCCUCAUUCCUGUCAGCUUGGCCUGAAAAGACUCCCAAACUCCUUGAAAUAAAACUCAUGCACAGAACCUCUA